AUGUCUGAUGUUCCAGUGGAGGAUUCACCAACUCGCUUUUAUCUAGUUAACUUUGAGGAUUACUUGAGGCCCAAACAACCAAGCAAAUGUCAGCCUCUGCAGCGGUUUGAGAAGCCAAAUGGAAGAUCUACUAAUCUAUAUAGGAACCUAAAUCGAUUAAAGAUUAUCAGGUGGUAUAAUAGUGCGUCGAAACGAUUUGAACAGUUGCCACUGCCCAAGUUCCUUGGAUUCCUGCGAGCCCGUAAUGAUGACGGCCUGUGUAUGCGGAAGACGGGAUUUGAGAUCUACUGCGAGAUGGCCAGCAUACAUGGCUUUCACAUUUUUGUGGGAGCCAGGACUUGGCAACGGAUCCUUUGGUGGCUCCUCAUCUGUAAUGCGGUGCUGCUCUCAUUUAUCCUAGUGAUCAUGUCACUUUCCAUGUCCAAGGAAACGCCCACAAUUCGCUUCAUAGACACCAUGAUGAAACCCACGGCGAAAGUGCCCUUUCCUGCAGUCACCAUUUGCGGAUUUAACACAAUUUCUAUGGAAAGGUUACAGAAUAAGGAAUGGGUGACCGCUACUUUAAUAGAACAAGUAAGCAAAAGAAAUGCGAGUUGGUUAGAACUUCUGGAGGAUUCAGCAUUACCGAUCUGUCCACAAAUAAGAAGCUGUCAGUGGGACAACCGAAUGGUAAACUGCCUGGAUAAACUGCAGCCCAUUUGGACUCUGGACCAAAGACUGUGCUGCACUUUUAAUUACAAUCAGCAGCUCUUCAGCUCCCAUUUGGGAGUUAGUUUUGUUCUGAGAUCCAAAGAUACUGAACUUCAAAGUUCGAAGUCAGCUGGCUAUGAGGUGCUCAUACACGAAUCCCACGAAAUGCCCAAUGGAGCAACACCAAGGCUUUUAGUGCCAAAUGGUUCAGAUAAUCACAUAAUGCUGAGACCAUUUGUCAAUCGAUUCACGACAAAUCUGGAGGGCUUAUCUUCGCAGAAAAGAGUUUGCUAUUUUCCAAAGGAGCGACGUCUUAUAUCUUCUGAUGUCUAUAACCAAAUAAACUGUCAGGCUGAAUGUCGCAGCGAAAAUACCCUAAAAUCAUGUGGUUGUGUGCCUCCAAAAUUACCUGUUGAAAAAAGCUGGCUCAUUUGCGACCUAAAGCAAAUGCAGUGUGUAAUAGAUUUUGAUCACGAUGAGAUCAUCAGCGGAGAACAAAAGAAUUGCGAUUGCCUUCCGCCAUGUGAAUUCAAUCGCUAUGAAUUCCAGAGUGAUAUACGACUUAUAAAGGGAAUUAUUAGUAAUACUCGUAGUAUUGUUGGCACAAGCAAUCAUGAGCGCGCAAAUGAGGUCCGUGUCCGUGUCUACUACGACUCGGCAAUUGCGGAGGAGCUGCUCCUGGACGUGUACGAAAACUGGAUGACAUUCAUAGGAACCUUUGGCGGCAUAACCGGACUAUUUAUGGGCUGCAGUUUCGUUUCGGUCUUCGAGCUGGUUUUCUUUUCGUGUGUGCGACCCACAUGCAACUGGCUGACCAGAAAACAGAUACUUUGGCGACGUCGAAGGAACCAGAGGGUGGGAAACGCGGAGGCGAGGUCAUUAGGGAGGGCUAAUUAG